UAAGAUAAGGACAACUCAUAUGUUGUUCACUUUAAAUCCCGUGUACUUUUUAUUCUCCAACCCAUUUAAUUAUAGGAAAUAAUCAUACAUAUAUAUCCAUACAAACACAUGAAGGUAGGUUACAUACCAGGGUUGAACAAAGGAAUAUAGUUUUGAAGUGAAACUGCAAAAGGGGAAGAAACACUCUGAAAAGUGACUGAGAUAAUGGGAAGUAAAGGAAUAGGAGUACUACUCUUCAUCUUUGUCCCCCAACUUUGUGUAGUAGUUUUUGCUUUGUCUUCCUCACCUCUUCAUCAACACAAGUCUUCAGGUUUUUUGCAGGACAAAAACUCAAGAGGGAUAAAUACAUAUGAACAUAACAUCAAGGGUACAGACAGUAAGAAUGACACUAGUAAAAUUGCUAUAGAACACAUCAACAAGAUUGCUCAUGGAAUUAGACGUGCAAGUACUGGCGCCGGUGGCAGCAGCACAGGUGCCAGACCAACUAACCCAGGGGAAAAUGGUGGGAGAGGAACAUCCACUCAAGGAGGAGGAAAUUACAUUCCCGUGUAUGCAGCUGGCGCUGCAAACAACCGCCAUCCUUAUCACCGGGGAGCAGCCAACAGCAACCGAAUACAAGUUCACACCCUUAUUGUUGCAACAAUGGCUUCUCUCCUACAAUUAUAUGGGGUGUUCAGAUGUGGAUUGAACACUAAUUGAAAGCCUCAGUGACUGAGUGUUCUUUCUCUGGUAUAUAAAACAGUAAUGUGAUUGUUUUCUUUUCUGCUAGCAAUAUGUAGUUAGCUUUCCUGUCAUACAGCCUGGAUUAUUUGUUAUGUUGACCCCAAUGCAUAUGAUAAUAUACUUAAAUUAUCAUUCUGCCUUGUACAUACUGAGGAUGAUCCGUUUCUAAAAACAAGUUGUACAUGGAACCAUCAACUAAUGCAUAUGAUAGUGCUUAAAUUA